CAGAGAGUGCUGCCGUGCCAUGCGCCGUGUUUUUGACAGCGUCGCCAUCUGUUAGCCGGGCUUGGCGGCUCGUUUCGUCUGUGAUCGGUGUGUCUGCUUGCCUGAUUGUGAAGUGGUCGCUCAAAUGCAGCUUUCAACGCUAGUAUUCCUGGGUUUAGUCGGCGCAGCAUGUGCGACCGAAAGGGUCUUCAUUCCGCUCGCACCUCAGGCGGUGAAAUUCGUGUCCAGCGAGACCAUCAAGUCGUCGCAGAUCGGCGAUGUCUUGUCGAGCAUUCUUGGUUUUACCGUUAAACCGUCUGACCCCUGGAACAGCUUAGCACCUGUGAACCCUUUCAAAGUCCCCAAAACGACCCUCGUACUGGACUUUGACGGCUUUGAUGGUGACACAACACUGGAUGUCUCCGGAAAAAAUUUUCCUCUUGAAAACGAUGCAAGCCUUCAGCAGCAACUGGAGCUGCUGUCUGAGAGAACACUGGAGAGGUUUGCAGAGCAAGAACCGGUGGUCCUCUACAUGAAGACAGGUGAAAAGCUGUAUGGUGCUAAGAUGGCCUACCCUGAACUGCUGCUGACCGUCUCGCCGGAGGUGGACAGCCGCCUGAAAGAGGCUGUCAAGGAUGUCGAGCUGUCAAAGGUGCUCCGUGAUGGCACAUUCAACGUGUCCCUUCCCGGAGACGACCAGUUUGCUGUCGAGCUGCACACUGCCAAGCUCAUGCUGGAGCAGCUGUCCCGACAGGCAACCAAGAGCGCCACGGCUCCAAGCGUGGUGUGGCUGCGGCUGAGUGGUCUUCGUCAUGUUGUGGAUCGCUACACGGAAGAAUCAUACCAGGCCUCUCAUGCCUUGCGACUCAUCCGCGAAUUUGUCGACAAGGUCAGCCAAAGCACCUUGAAGAAGGCAUAUGGUGACAAGGCCCUUCUGGUGGUCAUUACGCAGAAUGACAAAAUGACGGGUCCCAUCCGCAAAGCCCGCUCUCUCCUUGCAGCUGAAGAUGAGAAGGAGGCAGCACAGAGCGGUGAAGGCGCUGGUGCGGCAGCCCCGGCAGCCAAGGACGGCAAUAGCUGGAACCUGGCCACUCCGUGGGACCACGAGGCCCAUGUGGCCUUCGUGAUGAUUGGCUUUGUGCUGUUGCUCUUGGCGCUCGCCCUUUUCGGCAUCUCGGUGGGCCUGUGGUUCAUGGACCCCGGUCGAGACUCCAUCAUCUACCGCAUGACCACACAGCGAAUGAAGAGGGACUAGUGUCUGGUGUCAGCGCUGAAUACGGAGACAUGAGGGGAAAGGGCAUGUGGGUAGUGGGGGAAGGGGA